GUUCGGUGCGGACCAGCAAAAGGUGGCGCGUCGGGAGAGGCGGAGCCGCGAGGAGACCCGCGCCGCUGCGCCACGCCCCCACCCCCUAGUUGAAGUGGUUCAGCCCUUUUCAUUCAUAAAAAGAAAAGACUACGCGAGGAGCGGGUGAGUCAGAAUCCAAGCCGCCGACGCUGACCCCGUAGAUCAGCCAGCGCAGGGCAUGUUCCGAGACUUCGGGGAACCCGGACCCAGCUCCGGGGCCAGCGGUGCGUACGGCGGCCCGGGGCAGCCCCCGGCGACAGGCCAGCAGAAAUUUCACCUCGUCCCAAGCAUCAGCGCGCUGAGUAGCAGCCAGGAACCACAGUGGAUGGUUCAGCCUCACUUCCUGGGACCUGGUAGCUACCCAAGACCUCUGGCCUAUCCCCAGUACAGCCACCCACAGCCCCGGGCAGGAGUCAUCCGGGCCCUGGGGCCACCUCCAGGCGUGCGUCGCCGGCCCUGUGAACAGAUCAGCCCGGAGGAGGAGGAGCGCCGUCGAGUGAGGCGCGAGCGGAACAAACUGGCCGCGGCCAAGUGCAGGAACCGGAGGAAGGAACUGACCGACUUCCUGCAAGCGGAGACCGACAAGCUGGAGGACGAGAAAUCAGGGCUGCAGCGAGAGAUUGAGGAGCUACAGAAGCAGAAGGAGCGGCUGGAGCUGGUGCUCGAAGCCCACCGCCCCAUCUGCAAAAUCCCAGGAGCCAAGGAGAGUGACACUGGCGGCACAGGCAGUAUCAGCAGCGCACCAGCCCCUGUUCCUUGUAUCUCCCUUUCCCCGGGGCCUGUGCUUGAACCCGAAGCAUUGCACACUCCUACGCUCGUGACCACACCCUCUCUGACUCCUUUCACCCCCAGUCUGGUCUUCACCUACCCCAGCACCCCUGAACCCUGUGCCUCAGCCCAUCGCAGGAGCAGCAGCAGCAGUGGGGACCCAUCCUCUGACCCCCUCGGCUCCCCUACCCUCUUGGCAUUAUGAGGCUUACUGGUCCCUCUCCCUGCGGGUGCCACCUAGCCAAUAUACCCACACCCACUGGUCCAGCUGGCCUGGGCCAUAUUCCAUGCUCAACCCCUGCGGGUUCUUCUCCAUCUUACCAGAUGAGACUGAGCCUAUUUUGCUUCCUGGUGGAGCCAGCUGGGGGCCACCAAAGCUGCCUGCUCUAGAGGUGCCUCUCUAGAGCAGGCGUCUCUAGCACAAUUUCCUUUAAAUCAGAGACAAAAUAUUUCCCAUUUGUGCAAGAAAACUCGAGGCAGCCCCGGAUGACUCUGUAGAUCCCUACAGGUUUUCUGGAGCCCUAACCCCCUCCAGACCUCCCCUAAGUCUUUAUCACCUUCUUCCUGUGACCCACCCAACCCUACCCCUUGACAGGUGAUAUACCAGCCUAGAACACUAACUCACCCAGCCCCACUGCCAGCAGCACCAGGUGACUGAACUAGGGCAUUCUGUCGGCCCCUCCAGAAAUGGCACAGCUGGAGAAGGUGCCAGAGACUUCUGUGAUGAGCUGAGCUGCAGCCCAGGCUCUGAGAAGACUUUAGCUCCAGGGUAACUAAGCCUCCACCGCAAAGGCAGCUGCUAUUUAUUUUCCUAAAGAGAGUAUUUUUAUACAAAUCUGCCAAAAUGAAAUAAAAGGCUUGAAGCUCCAGUCUCAUUACAUUGGCUCCAGAGGCUAAAGGGAGAACAUUUGGAUCCAGAAGUGCUGGGUUCAAGACUCAGCUCCACGGACUCACUGCAUGACCUUAGACAAAUUACUUGAUAUUCCUGGACCUCCACUGACUUAUCUGACAAACGAAGCUACAUCUGCUCCGCCUCAUCACCAGGACUGAGAGGAAGAAUGCUGUGGGAUGCCAGCCAAGAGGAUUAUCCUCCUGGUGGGACCCCACCUUACUCCUGCAUGUACCACAGGAGGGCGCUGUUAUCAUUGUUAGGCCCCUUCCAGCCUAAGAGGAGGCAGCUGAGUGGCUUCUAGGCCCCCAACACCUGCUUCCUGCCCCAUUGUCUUGGACAGGAAGGAGCAGGGAAGGGAGCUGGAGCCACUUCAGGGGCCGGAUCACAGCCUGUACCGGUGCCUGCUGGCAGGGCGGGGGUGGGGGUUGUAGCCAGCGGCUUUCCACGGUCCCAUAUCCCUCCC